UUUGUAUUUGUAAUUAAUUUAUAACAAAACCUCAAUGUGGCUUUCGUAGUUCGUAUUUAUUGCAAUUAUAAUAUAAUUUAACUUAAUUUAAAAUUUCGAUACAUUGUGUAUAUGUUAAAAUGUCUCGUCGACAUACAACACCGACUAAAUCAAGAGUACAAAGUUGUAAAAAAUCUGUUUUUCACCUUCAAGAUAAAAAAGCAGACGAAAGUGAAUUAUCUCUUGGUUUGAUUAAAUCGGCCAAACGUACGGGACAGUUGAGCCUAUGUAAUAGAGGACUAGGGACAGUACCAGAAAAUGUCUGGAAAAUUAACGAAUUGGUGUUGGAUGAAACCAAAGAGGUAGACUUCUCACGUAGUGAUCAAAAUAAUUGGUGGAAUGCAGAGCCCUUGAAGAUGCUUGAUCUCAGCUCUAAUGUUAUUAAAACAUUAUCUCCAGAUAUAAAAUUGCUGCAGGAACUUAUUACAUUGAAGCUUCAUGACAAUGCUUUGAUUGAACUUCCAGCUGAGUUCGGUGAACUUAGCAACUUAUCAAACUUGAGUUUAGAUCAUAAUAAACUUGAAGUUUUGCCAAUAGAGUUCUAUAAAUUGUGUGAGCUAAGGUGGCUAAGCAUUUCUCAUAAUAUGCUCCAGAAAAUUGAGCCUGACUUUGGUGAUUUAGUAAUGUUAACAUUUUUGGACUUAUCACAUAACAAGUUGUCAGUAUUACCGCCUGGAAUGGGAUAUUUGGUACGCUUGAUGGAACUCAACUUAUGUCAUAACCAGCUGUCAGAGCUACCUCCUGAUAUAGUUAAUCUUAGAGAUUUGAAAAAGUUGAAUGUAAGCAAUAAUAAUUUGAAGAAACUACCUCCGCUGGGUGAAUUAAGGAAAAUGGAAAUAUUCGAUGCUAACCAUAAUGACAUUGAUGAGCUUCCAGAUUUUUAUGGAUGUACAGCUUUAAAAGAAAUAUAUUUAGCUAAUAAUUUUAUAAAGGAAAUUACUGAAGAAUUCUGUGAUCAAAUGCAACAUUUAAAUGUGCUAAAUAUAAGAGACAAUAAGUUGGAAGUAUUACCAGAAAAUAUAUCACUUUUGAAAAAGCUUAAAAGAUUUGAUUUUUCAAAUAAUAACUUAAACAAGUUACCUACAAACUUAGGUCUACUCUCCCAGCUUCAGAGCAUAAGUAUGGAGGGUAACAAGCUAUCAUGUAUGCGACAGGACAUUAUCAAAGGGGGCACUGAUAGGAUGAUGAAAUAUCUACGAGACCGAAUGACAGACGAAGUUGUUAAGGAAACCAGGGUCAAUGAAGCCAACUGGCCCGACAAAUACACUUUGAAAAAAAGUCAAGCAUUAAUGUUGCCUUCAAAAGAGCUCACAGCAAUACCGGAAGACGUUUUUAUCGCUGCAGCUGAUGCAGAAGUUCACAUCGUUGAUAUAUCAAAAAAUAAAUUCACCUCUGUGCCCUUUGGGAUCCAUCAUGUGCGGGAAACGUUGACACAGUUAUUACUAACAUCGAACAGCAUCGAGAGCAUUCCAAGCGAAAUAAGCGUUUGUAAACAUUUGCAAUAUCUGGAUUUGGGGAAGAACUGCCUUAACGACUUGCCCAUCGAAUUAGGGCUCUUGAAGAAUUUAAGGGAACUUGUCAUAUCGAACAAUAAAUUCACGAAAAUCCCGAGAUGCGUCUACGAGCUGGACAAUCUGGAGAUCCUCCUGGCGGCGGACAACCGCAUCCAGGAGAUCAACGUGUCGUCGGACGCGCUGGCCCGCCUGGCGCGCCUGGCCGCGCUCGACCUGCGCAACAACGACAUCCGCGCCGUGCCGCCCGAGCUCGGCACCUUCACGCACCUCCGAUCGUUGGAGCUGAUGGGCAAUUGUUUCCGUCAGCCUCGACACGCGAUACUCGCCAAAGGUACGGCUUCCAUUCUCUCGUAUCUCAGGGACCGAAUACCAACUUAGUUGUUUCGUUGUAAAGAAAGGCUGACCAUUUUGUUUAAUAUUAGUGCCACGGAAUAUAAUACCAGUGUGUGACGUUUGUUACGUCAUCACGACUCGACCACAUAUAAUAUGAUUGAAAUGAAAUUUGACAUUGACAUUGUAUGCGACCUGGAUUAAUACAUAUCUAUUAAUUCAGCGAAAUAGAAGAAAAUAAAUUUCGGACGGUGUAGCUGGGGAACGUAGUCUAACAUGAUUUUCUAUGUGUUUUUGUCGUUUGAUUCGAGUAGCUUACUUACUUUACUUACUUCCGCUUAUAAUAUUAUGCGCAUAUGUGAGCUUCUUAUACUGGUGACUAUAUUAGUAGGAGCUACACGAAAUGAGCCUUACCAUAAUAUGCUACCUUAAUAUAAUAUGGCCUUCCGAAAUACACGUCGAGGGCAUUUAACCUUGUCGUAUAUACCUGGGGCGUUUGUAACUAAUAAAACUGAAGCGAAUCCUUAUAAGCAUUUAUGUAGAUUGAACGUAAAAUUGAAUUAAUAAAAGCUAAUAAGACUUGUAAUUGAAACAUAACUGGCACGUUCUUAAAAACAUUCGAAUUUUCACUCUCCCGUUCUUUCUCUCAAUCACUCACUUGAGCAAGAGUUGAGCCCACCCAGCCAUUAUCAGCCAUUAGCCAUAUCAGCCAUUGUGAUGUCGCGUUUGAUUUCAAAAACGUCCUUUUAUUUAAAAAUGAACCUUGAUAUUAUAAUUCUGUUUUCAAAAAUAAAAAGGUGCUGCAUUUUAUAACGUUAUAAAGAAUUAAUAAUUUUGUUAAAUGUAAAAUUAUAUUUUAACGUCAAUCAUCCGUCCAUUUAAACUUAAUAGUGAUCUAAUAAUAUU